CUCGGUGCUCGGCGUGGUGGACGGAGGGAGCCUGGAAGCGUGAGCUGUCAGAAGGACGUGUGGACAGGGUCUGCUCCUCAGCACCAUGAACAAGAUGAAGAACUUUAAGAGACGUUUCUCUCUAUCUGUUCCUCGCACCGAGACCAUUGAGGAGAAUGAAUUCACUGAGCAGAUCAACCAGCUCAACAUUCAGCACACUCAGGGUAUGACUCCCGACAGACUGGGUCCUCCCUCUCAUGAUGCCAGUCCCAUGAGCCCUGAACCCACCACACCAGGAGCUGAGUCUCCCUCCGAACUCCACUACAACAGCAAGGCCCAGCACAGACGUUUCUCCAUGGAGGAUGUCAGUAAGCGCAUGUCCCUGCCAAUGGACAUCCGCCUGCCUCCAGAGUUUCUGCAGAAACUGCAGCUGGAGAGUGAAAACUCACCGCUCUGCAAACCUCUCAGUCGCACGUCUCGACGCGCUUCACUGUCUGAUAUAGGCUUUGGGAAACUAGAGACAUACGUGAAGCUCGGCAAAUUGGGUGAGGGGACGUAUGCGACAGUGUUCAAAGGGCGAAGCAAAUUAACAGAGAACUUGGUGGCGUUGAAGGAGAUUCGACUAGAGCACGAGGAGGGAGCACCAUGCACGGCUAUCAGAGAGGUGUCUCUACUGAAGAACCUGAAGCACGCCAACAUCGUCACGCUGCAUGACAUCAUCCACACGGACCGCUGCCUCACGCUGGUGUUUGAGUAUCUUGACAGUGACCUUAAACAGUACUUGGACAACUGCGGGAAUCUCAUGAGCAUGAACAACGUCAAGAUCUUCAUGUUCCAGCUGAUGCGUGGCCUGUCCUACUGCCACAAGAGGAAAAUCCUCCACAGAGACCUAAAGCCUCAGAACCUGCUCAUCAAUGAUAAGGGCGAGCUCAAACUGGCUGACUUCGGUCUGGCCAGGGCCAAGUCCGUCCCCACUAAGACCUACUCCAAUGAGGUGGUCACUCUGUGGUACAGGCCCCCUGACGUGCUCCUGGGCUCUACAGAAUACUCCACACCCAUCGACAUGUGGGGAGUGGGCUGUAUCAUGUUUGAGAUGGCGACAGGUCGUCCCAUGUUUCCUGGUGCCACUGUGAAGGAGGAGCUACAUCUCGUUUUCAGACUCAUAGGCACUCCAACAGAAGACACUUGGCCUGGUAUCAGCAGUAAUGACGAGUUUCGGUCCUACCUCUUUCCUCAGUACAGACCUCAAGCUCUCAUCAACCACGUACCCAGGUUGGACACGGAGGGGAUUGACCUGCUGUCUGCUCUGCUGCUGUACAACACCAGGAGCAGAAUGUCAGCUGAAGCUUCUCUGCGACACCCCUACUUCCUGACUCUGGGGGAUAAUAUACACAAUUUGGCAGACACUGGCUCAGUGUUUUCCCUCAGAGAGGUGCAGCUCCAGAAGGACCCAGGCCACCGCACUUCUGUGUUUCAGCCUUUAACUCGAGGAAAGAACCGAAGACAAAGCAUCUUCUAG